UUACAUAUAGCCCAAACUUUUUAAUUAGAUGAAUUCUUGUCCUUUCAUUUAAAAAAACAAAAAGAUAAAUUAAAAAGGAGAUUAUUCAUGACUAUGUUAUCCUUCCAUGUACCUUGCCAUCCUACCCUUCAUUCCUCUCCAUUAUCUCAACAAUCAAAUCAAUCAAGAAAGAUCACCAUUACUUCUUCUUCUUCUUCAUUAUCAACAAGUAGUAAAAGUAGAAGAUUGUUGCUAUCAACUUGUAUCAUAAUUUCAACCGUUUCUCCAACUACUUUUUUCUCAUUUUCUUCUGCUUCCUUAUCCUUAACUCCUAAUGCUUCAACUGAUGCAAUCCGUAAAUUCUACGACCUCCCGGAUUCCGGUGGUGUUAAGGCCUUAGACCUCCGCGUUGGGUCCGGUUCAACCCCUGUCGAUGGCGACCAGGUAGCAAUACAUUAUUAUGGAAGAUUAGCAGCAAAGCAAGGGUGGCGUUUCGAUUCAACAUAUGAUCACAAAGAUUCAACUGGUGAACCAAUUCCUUUCAUCUUCACUCUUGGCUCCAACAAAGUACGGAUUGAAGCAGCAGUUAAAUCAAUGAAAGUUGGUGGCAUUAGAAGAGUAGUCAUUCCACCAUCUCAAGGAUAUCAGAACACAACUCAAGAACCUUUACCACCUAAUUUCUUUGACAGACAACGAUUGUUCACUACAAUCUUCAACCCUACACGUCUUGCCAAUGGAGAAGGUUCGACAUUAGGAACUGUUAUAUUCGAUGUUGAACUUGUUAAUGUCAAGCAUUAGAUUAGAUACAGAGAUUUGAAUUUCAUGUAUAUUAAAUCUUGUAAUUAUUGCUAGUAAAUUUUUCAUACUCCAAUUUUGUAUAUAUAGUGAGAUGCAAUCUAAUCGCUUGCCUCAACUAGCCGUCCGGGGACUAGAAAAAGAUUUGAAAUAGUACUACUAUAACAUA